AACAGCUUGCAAAAUUGCAAGCAUACACAGAAGACUUCAAAACCCCCCAUUCCCUAUAGACUGCGCAGCCCGAUCCGAUGCUGAAGGAGUUGGAGUUGUGACCUGCUUGCUGCCGACUGCCAUCGAUUUGCAUAAGGUCACUUGAACAGCCAAGGCCGCCCUAGCUGACUAACGAGCCUGCAACUAUCUGUUUCUCUUUCACUAUAAUACCUCUCAAGUAUAAAUUAAUUGGCAUUAGCAGAGACACAAUUCUAUAAUGGACGAAAAUUCCAGCAAUAAAUCUCGCAGGGAGCGAAGAAGGGAAGCCCGCUUAUCAAAGAACAAGAAGAAGUUUGAUUCUUGGGUCCAACAUCAAAAAUCGUGGAAAGCAUUAAAAUCAUCGCUGAAUUUGAACUCAGAAAAAGUGUGUAAAUUAGAAGAGGAUGAGAAGGAUGAGAGAAAGUAUGAUGUUAGUUUAGCACUAUCUGAUAAGGAUAUCGAGGACAGCAUUGAGGAGCCUCAAAUUCAGGAGAAAUUUGAGGGUAAAUUGAGUAAUUUGAAAAGGAAUGCUGUGAUUAAAGGUUCAAAAAGCAAGUUUAACGAGUAUCUUGAACGGGAGAUGAAGGGAGGAGCGUUGUUGGUGAAGGAAGAUUUGAAGUUGGAAAAGAAACUUGCGAAGAAACUCAAGGUCAAGAAUGGAAAGUUGCAAGGAGCUGGUGAUGAUAUGGACAUGUUACUCGAAGGAAUACCUUCUAUUCUAAGCAAUCUGGAGGAAGAUGAAGAAGGGAUUGAAAGGAACUUUGAUAAUGGUACAUUGCACAAAAAACGAAAGACAAGUAAAUUUGCCGAUAUAGAAUCCAAGGCUGAAAAGCUGGUUGAUAAUGUGGAUGAAGAAUCUUAUACACUUGAUGCUAUUAGUGACGAACAUGAUGAUGUUGCGGAAGUGGUCUUGCAUAAGGAUUCAAAGAAGCGUAAUAGGAAAAAGACAAAGUUCGAAAAGUAUCUUGAGACUGAAAGGCAGGGUGAUAUGCUUUCAGGUGAAGCAGAUUUGGCAUUGGAAAAAAAGCUAGCAAAGAAUCUCAAGGUGAAGAAAGGGAGAUUAAGUGGAGAAAAUGACGCCAUUAACAUGUUAUUCAAGGAAAUUCCUUCAGUGCUUGAUUCCUUAAGGGAUGAACUAAUAACUUCUGAUGAAGAUCCCAAGAAGAGCAUUGAUAACAGCUAUUCAGGUGAGAGACUUAAAAAGCGAAAGUCCAUCGAUCAAGAGAAAAGAGCUAAGGUGGCAGUUGACCCAUUUUUUGGAGUAUCCAAACUAGUAGAACCCUCUGGUGCAGAAGUGACAUCAGAACAGGUUUGUCAUGUGCCAGGAAAGUAUGUGGCUCCUCAUCUUCGAUCUCAGGCUAAAAAAGAAUCAGAAGAAUAUGCUCAAAUACGUAGACAAAUACGAGGACUUCUAAACAGGUUAUCAGAAUCCAAUUUGGAAUCAAUCACGGGUGAAAUUUUUACAAUACUCAAGUCUGUUGGUCGCAGUGUUGGUUCCCAAAUUGUUCACGAAGAGGUUGUGGCAUCGUGUUCUGGGGGUCCUCGUGGCAACAACCAGUAUGCUGCUGUUUUUGCAGCUUUUGUUGCUGGCAUGGCUUGUUUGGUUGGGAUUGACUUUGGUGCAAAGCUUCUUGCGUGUCUUGCUAAAUGUUUUGAGGAAGAGUAUCUUGAAGAAGACAAUUUGUCUUUGCGGAAUCUAACUCUUUUCUUUUCCUAUUUAUAUAUUUUCGGAGUUUGUUCAAGUGAGUUGGUGUAUGAUUUCCUAACAAUGCUUAGCAAGCGGUUGACAGAGGUUGAUGUUUCUACAGUCUUAACGGUCAUGCAAACUUGUGGAAUGAAACUGAGAGGAGAUGAUCCUGUUGAGAUGAAAAACUUCAUCUCAAAUGUUCAGAGUCGGGUAAAUGAGAUGAAGGCCUGUUCUGGAGAUGGACAAUCAAAUAUAACCAGCAAAAGGAUGGAUUUCAUGCUUGAAAUGAUAUGUGAUAUAAAGAAUAACAAAAAAAGACCAACAGAAAAUGCUGUGCAGCAUACCAGAAUAAAGAAAUGGUUACAGGAGCUGAGAGUAGUUGACAUAUUAAUUCGAGGGUUAAAAUGGAGUAAACUUCUUGACCCCAACAAGAAAGGCCAGUGGUGGUUGUCUGGUGAUAUUGAUUCUUCGACACACAACAUUGAGGAGGUUGCUAGCACAAUUGACAGAGAGGUCUCCGAAACGCAAAAAAUGCUACAGCUCGCUGCAGCACAAAGGAUGAACACAGAUGCAAGAAGGGCAAUAUUUUGUGUGAUAAUGAGUGGAGAGGACUAUGCUGAUGCUUUCGAGAAACUUCUGAGAUUAGACUUGCCUGGGAAGCUGGAUCGAGAGAUCAUGCGAGUUCUUGUGGAGUGCUGUUUACAGGAGAAAGUAUUUAACAAGUACUAUUGUGUUCUUGCUUCCAAAUUAUGCAACCAUGAUAAAAACUUCAAGUUCACUUUACAGUAUUGUGUGUGGGACCAUUUCAAAGAACUGGAGGCAAUGGAUCUGCAAAGAUCAAUGCAUCUAUCAAAAUUUAUUGCAGAAAUGGUUUCUACUUUCUGCCUUUCCCUUGCAGUCUUAAAAGUUGUUGAACUAAACAACCCCAUACUCUUAACUCCAAAGAAGAUUAUGCAUUUCCGAAUGCUAUUUGAAGCAAUCUUGGAGUUUCCAGAUAAGCUUGUGUGGAACAUUUUUACACGUAUUGCUGUCACCCCCGAGUAUGAAUCCCUUAGAAUUGGAAUUGACUAUUUCAUCAGCAAGCAUGUGUUGAGUAUCAACAAGUUCCUGGCUAAUAAAUACAAGCUGGCAAAGAAGGCCCUUAACAAUGUUGAAGGUGUUCUCAUGUGAUUUAGGCUGUUGCAUUUGAUUUUUUGACAUUGAGAUCAAUUUUGUUGUUUCGAGGGAACCUCUGUGUUCUGAGGUAUAUCUAUUCAUCAUAUUUAAAGUUGUAUAUUGUGGGAACUGACUACUUUUUCAUCUGGUUGGCUAGAGUAGAUUUUUAUUUGAUAAA